UCUAACGGUUUUGUUUGUCCAAUCCAAGUUCAACUGUGUUUUGGCAAGAUUCCCUGUCUUGAGCGUGCCGUACUCGGAUUAUAUUAUUAUACAUAUAGGUCGUUUUGUAAGUAAAGUAUAAAAAGUUUAAAAAUAGACUUACACAGUGAGUUGCGUGUUUCGACAUUUUUGUUCCUAAGACACAUAGCGGGCUUCUAUAUUAUCUUUUGAGAAUUGAAACUCAAAGUGAAAUUAGUGAAAUCAUACACUGUUAAGAUUGUUCUCAUUUUUUGUGGCGUUGUGAUCUAUAUUAACUGUAUCGCGUUUUAACGAAAGAGUAAGCUAAGUGCAUUUGCGUUCUCAUAUAUACUAACAAAUAUACCUAUAUACUAACGAAAUAUCGUGCAUUGAAUAUUAUAGUUUUAUUGUGAGCAUGGGGGAAGUAGAGCCUAUGGAUGUAGAUAGUUUAGAAGACUAUUUUGACAAUAAGGAAAAUACAUUUCACCUCAACAAUAACCCUAGAGCAUUGGCUGUAGAAAAAUUUGAUGACCUGGAUGCCUCUGAAUUUAACAUGAAAUUGAGAUACUCUGUCACCCCAGCAUCAUCGCCAAUGUCCAAAAGUUAUACAGCAAAUAGUAUAGAUAACAAAAAUAAUGAAGAUCAAUUCAAUGAUGUAAAUAUAAGUCAAAAUCUUACUCACUCAUUGAAUUCCACAUUAACUCAAGACAUUACAAGGUCUCAUAAGUCUCUUCUACCACUACAGGCUAUUUCAAAUGAAGAAAUUGUAGAUAUAAACCGAAGCACAUCUGUAAGACAAAUAUUAGAUACAACUCAGAACAAAAAUGAAACAAUUAUUUUAAAAACCUCUGAAGAUAUUGAAGAGAAUACUUCUUUGCCGAGUACCUCAUCAUCAUUUGCUCAUACUCCAGAGGCUACAACACCUCUAAGGGAAGCACCAAAGCAAGAGAGUACUUCACCUAUUAUGAGGGGAUUGAAAAGUGUCCUCAGCAUGUUUAAGACAUCUCAAAACACUUCAACAACCCCAACUGAGAGUGAUAAUCAACAAACAGAGGUUGAGCCAAUCAACAUAAAUACCUGUACACAUAAUAUUUUAGCUUCUACACCAAUAAGCAAUAAAAUAAACACAUCAAAACAAAAAAGUCAAUUGAAAGAAAGUGUUUGUUUUAAAGAUGACUUUGAAAGAGAAUUAGAGUGGAAAGAAAACAGUGAAAGUGAAAUAUUUUUUAAAGAAGAAAGGAUACCUGUUCACAAAUUAUUUCCGAUAUUAACUACUUCUCCAGAAAAAGUUUCAAACAUUUGUGCCAACAAUAAUAUUAAUAUAACCGUUGAACAUAUGGACAUAUCAUUAAAUGAAUCAGUAAAGGAUUGUACUGUAACAGAUCAGGUAAAAAUUUUAAUUAAUGAUGAUAAUAAGUUGGUUGAAUCAGACAGUGAAUUUGUUGAUUGUGAAACAACUAACAAUAAAAGUGACUACCUAGAUGUUUCUACAAAUAAAUCUCAUGAUUCUAUUGUUAAAAGUGAUUGUAUACAAAAUAAUAUAAAGAUACUAAAAGAAAAAGGAUCAAAAAACACAGAUGAUACUGAUAUCAAUAAAGAAGAAACUGCAAUUUUUGCACAUUAUUCAACUCUGGAUGGUAAUAAAGUUAUUAAAUCUGAAGAUAGUAAGAAAGAAGUGAUUGUAAAUAAUGUAUUUUGCUGUGAAAGACCAGAACAAAGUAAUAAGAUUAUACUCAAAGAUGAGGAAGACAAAGAUACUGAUAUAAAUAAAGAAGAAACUGAAAUUUUUGCACAUUAUUCAACUCUGGAUGGUAAUAAAGUUACAAAAUCUGAAGAUAGUAAAAAAGAAGUGAUUGUAAAUAAUGUAUUUUGCUGUGAAAGAUCAGAACAAAGUAAUACGAUGAUACUAAAAGAUGAGGAAGCUAAAGACAAAGAUACUGAUAUAAAUGAAGAAGAAACUGCAACUGCAAUUUUUGCACAAUAUUCAACUCUGGAGGGUAAUAAAGUUAUUAAAUCUGAAGAUAGUAAGAAAGAAGUGAUUGUAAAUAAUGUAUUUUGCUGUGAAAGAUCAGAACAAAGUAAUAAGAUUAUACUAAAAGAUGAGGAAGCUAAAGACAAAGAUACUGAUAUAAAUGAAGAAGAAACUGCAACUGCAAUUUUUGCACAAUAUUCAACUCUGGAGGGUAAUAAAGUUAUUAAAUCUGAAGAUAGUAAGAAAGAAGUGAUUGUAAAUAAUGUAUUUUGCUGUGAAAGAUCAGAACAAAGUAAUAAGAUUAUACUAAAAGAUGAGGAAGCUAAAGACAAAGAUACUGAUAUAAAUGAAGAAGAAACUGCAACUGCAAUUUUUGCACAAUAUUCAACUCUGGAGGGUAAUAAAGUUAUUAAAUCUGAAGAUAGUAAGAAAGAAGUGAUUGUAAAUAAUGUAUUUUGCUGUGAAAGAUCAGAACAAAGUAAUAAGAUUAUACUAAAAGAUGAGGAAGCUAAAGACAAAGAUACUGAUAUAAAUGAAGAAGAAACUGCAACUGCAAUUUUUGCACAAUAUUCAACUCUGGAUGGUAAUAAAGUUAUUGAAGAAAGUAAGAAAAAAGAUAUUGCAAAUAAUGCAAUUUGCUGUGAUAGAUCAGAACAAAGUAAUAAGAUGAUACUUAAAGGUGAGGAAGAAAAAGAUACUGCAAUAAAUAUAGAAGAAACUGCAGCUCCACUGAAAUGUUGUAAAAAAUUAUCAAUAUUUAAUGAAAUUUCCCUCGGUAAAGAACAGUGUUCCGAUCUCUUAACCACUAUGAAUAAUGAAGAUCUUUUAAUGCAAGACACCAAAAUCACCACUAUCAAUAAUUCUGAAAUUGGUAUUGAUGGUGCAGGAAAUCAGGAUAUUUUUGAUUUUAAGUGCAUAGAUAUAGAAAAUAAUAAAGGAAUAUCUGAUGUGCAUACACUUGAUUCCGUUAUGGAUUGUAAUACUAUCAAUUUGAUGAAGACGGAAAAGACUAGCAACCCAGAUGUGUCUAAAUCUUCUUUGAUUCAAGCUGCAGAAAAUAAUGAAUCUAAUCUUACUUUCAAUGUCUUAAUAAAUCCAACUUCUACACAUAAAAUUGUACAGUUUAAUGCAACUACAAAUAGCACAGUUAUAACCAAUCUGGAAAAAAAAUGUGACACUCACACAAGUGAUGAACACUAUAAUACAGUAAAUGAAGAUAAAAAUAAUGAAAAGAAUGUGAAGGAAACAACACUCGCAAACUCUGACACUCAUGUUAGUGCAGUAAAUAGUACCUCAAUUAGUAUUGAAAAGUGUUCUGUUGUAAAUGAGGAUUCCAAAGAUAUUAUUAUGCAAGAUACCACUAUUAUUAAUAACCAGAUGCUACACAAAACUAGUUACAUUAAUCUUAAUAAUGGAAAUAGUGAGAAUGUGUAUAUAAGUAAAACAAAAAUGCAAAAUGACAUACUACAUAAGGAAGUCAUUGAAAUUGUGAACAAUAAAACAGAGCCUGUAGAUGAUACUUGUGAUUCAAGUACAGAUUUUAAUACUAUUAAUGUAACAAAAUAUGAUGAUACUGUUAGAGAAGAUAUUGAUGAACAUCCUCAACUACUUAUAAAUAGUAGUAUAUCUAUUCAAAAGGAACAAUGCCCUAAUGUUGGAAAAGCAAAUGUUUAUGAUCAGCAAAUUGAUAUGGAAUGUAUGAUUAAAAGCUGUAAAUUAAAAGAAUCAUGUGACAUAGGUAUUAACGAAAUUAACAAAAUAAACAUACUCUCUGAAAAAAUGGAUGACAACAAUUCAGAAAUAAAUAAGAAAGGAACUAUAGAUUGCGAUAUUAAUGGUAAUUCCAACAAAGAUAGCAUUUCAGGUGGAAAUGAAGAUGCCAAAUCAAAAUUGAAUCAAACAUCAUCUUUCGAUGGCAUUGUCAUAGACAAAGUACAGUGUUCCGAUCUUGUGGCCAAUGAUAAUGAAUAUGUUCAAGAUAUGUCUAUGCACAGUAUAAAAAUAGUCAAUGAUAGCCUUCAAUUACAUGAAACUAGUAACAUUAAAUGUAAGAAUGAGAAUAAGAACAUCAGUGAAGAAACUCCUUGUAAACAAAUAAAUAUAAUACAGGAACACCUUUCAAAAGAAAAUCAAAAGGUUAGAUUGAUGAAUAAUUUUGAGGAGAAUGGUGAGAAUAAUGAUAUUAAAGACAAAAUUGAAAAAUCCAAGACAGAAAUUGAGAUACCUACUUGUGUUUCCAGUUCAUAUGAUAAUAGUUGUAAUGUGUUCAUAAUUGACAAAAGCAAGACUGAAGAAAUUGUGAACGCUACUUCUUUACUUGAAGCUACUGUAGAUAAAGAAACCGCAAAUCAGCAGGCAAUUACAGUACGUCAUAUUUCUUCUGAUCAAAACCAACAUAAUCAAGAUAAUGUUGCUACUAAUAUUCAAGAGUUCCAAAUAGGCAUGAAUAGCCCUGGUUUAGAUGAUAUUAGUGGCUCAUGUUAUAAUAAUAAAGAUAUUAUGACAGUAAAUCAAGAAAAAAAAGCCAAAAUUACUAAAAAUACUGAUAUAGAAACUACAAUAAUAGAUUCUAAAUCUAAUUCUAAUAGCAUUAGAAACGAGGCUGUAGACACUGAAGCUUUACCACAUUUAGAAAUUAGUAAAGAAGAAGAUUGUAUAAAGCAACAUGAGGGUGAUCACAAUGAUGAGAUUUGUAAUAAUAUUUAUUAUGCAACUGAUGAGAUGAAUUGUUCUGCUAAAGCAGAGAAAAUAUCAGAAUGUUACUAUGAUACAGAAAAUAAAGGAAAUGAUUCUUAUGUUCUGGGUAACCUGGAAAAAGUAGAAAGUAAAGAUGACAUAUAUCUUAAUAUUUCAUCUAAAAAACUAAAUGAAUGUGUGAAUAAUGUUACAUUUAACUCUGAAUCCAUUGCUAGUGGAAAUUCAGAUUCCAUGCAUGACACUAAAUGCUUAGAAUUGGAACAAAAUAUUAAAGAAUACUGUAAAAAUACCUUUAACUUACCUGAACUUAACAAUACCAUUACCUUAAAUCCCUUUGAGACAAAGUCAAAAAUAUGUGAAUCUCCUCCAUCAAAUUACAAUAUGUUUGUACCAAUACAAGAAAAUACCUUUGAUGUAGAUCUGAAUAGGACAACAGAAAUAAAAUAUGAUGAGGGAAACAAAGAUACUUUAACUGAAAACACAAUAAUAUUGAAUGAAUCUCUUUUGAAGUUAAAUAAUGAGAGUAACUCUGAUAACCUGGAAGUCCAUACUGAAGAUGAAGAUACAAUUGAAGGACCCUUUUUAGAUGAAUUUGAGACAGCUAUUAUUACUAAAACUGGAGAUCAUAAUAUUAAAAAUGAAGACAUGAUAGAUUUUGAUGAAUUACCAGCUCAAGAAAAUAAUGAUAAUGAAAUUUUUAUAGAUGCAGAAACAUUUGAAUUCUUAUUAAAUCAAAAUAAAAGUAAUGUGGUUGUUGAUAGUGGAAAGGAAAGUUUGUUCCUAAAGUUUGACCCUUUGUUUGCAAAAAGAGAAUCCAUUGUAUCACUUAAUAAACUUCAGAAUACCUCUAAGAAAGCCACACAAGUUGCACAUGAGGUAAUAUCUCAAGAGAAAACAUUAUCAUCUUCAUGUAGUGCCAACCUUCAUGUUGAACCAAUUGAUAUCAUUGAAGAUGCAAAUUUCAAUAAUUCUUGCAAGCCUACUAUGAUAGUAAACCCUGCAAUAAAAUCAGCAGUUUCAAAAAUACCAACAACACCUAUUAGAUCAAAUAGACUAUCACUUACAUGUACUUCGCCAGCAAUGGCUGUUGUUGACCAACUGCUUUCACUCAGUGGUGUUGCAGAUAUAAGUGAUCAAGACCUCACAAUGCACGAAAGGAACCCAGAACAAAGCCAAAUAGCUAACACACUGACUAGCUUAAGAGAAAUGUUACAAAAUAAAGAAGUAGAGGUUGGUAAUUUGCGGACAGAAAGUAGAGAACUUCAGGAUAGAUUACAAGAAUUAAAAUCACAAGUGAAUAAUCGGAAGCAUGAAUGUGAAGCCAAAUUUAGAAACCUUAUAAAAACAAAAGAAAAGUUGGAAGAAACAACAGAGCUAAACAAAGAAAAGGCAAAAAUUGUGGAAGAAUAUGAGAAGACAUUUGCAAGUUUAGUCUCAGAGCUGGAGCAGAAUAGGAAAUGUAUUGCUGAAGAGAGAGGUAAAUUAAUAAAGGAACGUGAUGAACAAAGGGGACACCUAUCAAAUAUAGAUUAUUCAUAUAAUGAUUUGGUUACUAAAUUUGAUAGAAGCAAGCAAAUAAUCUUACAUAUGAAAAACAAUGAAGAAACAUAUUUAAAAAGUGUAGAGGAAUUUGAUGAGAAUAUUUUAAAAAUGCAAAAUAAUUAUGAUUUAUUGAAACAACACGCAGCAUCAAAACUCAAUCAAGCUAAUUUGGAGCUUGAAAAGAUGAACAAAGUGCAUGAAGCUGAAGUGGCAAAGUUAAAUGCAAUGGUUAAGAUGGAGGAACUUCGAAUUAGGACAUUGGAAAAAACCCUUGCCCAGAAAACCACAGAAAGUGAAAAAUUGACUGCUAUUUGUGAUGAACUUAUUAACCGUCGUAUGAAUUAAUAAGUUACUCAAAUUAAAAUUCUUUGAAAAGAAUAUUUAUUCACAACUUAACAAUUCUUGUAAUAUAUUUAACAAUAUUGAAUAUGAUUACAUGAAUUAAAAAACUAUCACUAUGAGGAAGUGUAAUGUAAAAAUGAUAUUGUGCUACCAAUCCAUUUCCGAAUUGGUUGGCUAUCUCUAUUGAAACACAAAGGUAAUACUCAAAUGUCUCUACACCAAACAACACAAAGAUGUAAGACUCACUGAGACUUUAUAUAAGAGUCCUAUAUUAUGUUAGUAAUAUUUGUGCCUUCACUUGUCUGGUUUUAUAGUUUACAUAUAGCAUAGUUCUGUUGUAUAAUAUGUGCCAAAUCUUAUUUUUUACUAUUUGAUAGUAUACUAUUAACUAAUUUUUGAUAUUUAAAUAAAUGUUAUAUAUAAGAAACAAUAAAUUAAAUUCAAUAUUAUUUUGUAUAACUUAAAUCCAGCAUAAGUAUAUCUAUUAUAACAAAGGAAUAUAUCAGAAGAAAUUUUAAUUAAAUUGAUAUAAAAUAAAUAAUAUUAUUGAAGAUAUCCAAUGUUCAUAUCACAAUUUGUGAAAACUGUCUAAUAUAAAUUUUUAGUGACCAAAAACCAUAAACAUACAGAAACCAAAUAUAAGUUAUCAAUAAGGUUUGACAAUUUUAGAUAUUGUAUCAAAAUAUAGAACGGUUAGGCAAGGUAUAUGUAUGAGCUAAGACAAAAUUUAUCAACAUAAUUUAGAAUGUAUGUUUUUGUAUUUCCUUGUGUCAUCAUUGCCACAAUUUUUAACUUAUAACUAUUAUUAUAAUAAUGGCAAUACACAAUAGAUGAAUAAUAAAAAUAGUAUUACCAAGAAAUUUAGUUGAAUAUGUGAGCUAAGCUAAUAUAAUAUAUUUUUGUAUAAAAUAGAUAUAUAUUUUUAUAGUCUCUAUAAAUAAUUAGUUACUAAGGUAGGUUUUAAUUAGUAAUGUAAUUUAUUUUAAUCUUUACUGUUUGUUUUAAUGGUUGUGAAGUUGUCAAGUUUGCAUGUACUCUGUAUAUAAUAUGUAAUAAUACAUUCAUUGUGUAAAGUUCUUAUUUUUGGAUAAAAUUCCCCUUAGAGAAUUUAUGUCUAGAUAGACUAUGACAGCCGUGAACACGUCGAAAGAAAUAGUGGCGCACUGUUAGCCUCCAUUUUCAGUAAGGCACGGACACUUAAAGUUACUGACGUAUAAUAAUGGAAGACAUAGCUGCUGUCAUGCAUACUAAAGUCAUAACCUGCCCUUUUGUCAUGUAUUACCUAAUAGCAAAAGGCUCUAAACUACUGUUUCUUUUUUGAGAAUCAUCACAGUUAUCUCUAAUAAAAAUUAAAUAUUUCUGGAGUGUGCCAGUGAAUAGAACUCAUUCAACAGAGAAAGCAAAAGACACAGUACAGAAGUAGGUGGUCCUUCGUUGUUACAUAGGACCACCUACUGUGUCCAGUUGCUGCGUGAUUUUAUGUAAAUACUUUAGUUUCUCUUUUUAUAUUUUAGAAAGUAACCGAUACAUAAAGUGGUAGAUCCUGUCCAUUCCAAUGCAGUGCCGCUCAAGAUUCUUUAAAAUUUCAAUAUUUGGUGUAAUUUUUGUUAUUGAAAUGCGUAGUAAUAAAUAAAAUGCUAACUGUCUCAAUAAAUAAUGAACUAUUGUAGUACAGAAAAUAUUAUUAGGGAUGGUGUAUAAUGCGUAUCUAUUAAAGCCAUUGAACUUUUAA